AUGUCGAACGAUAACCCAGACGGUCAACCAUUGGAUAUUGAGUACUAUGAGACCAAUUACCCAUACUUGAAUGUGAAAAAGAAUCUACUGAACAAUACAUUGUCUAAGUGGAGAAGGGCUAUCGCUCCAUAUAACCCAUUUGCUAUGCAGCAAAUUCCUAAUUAGAAGCGUAUGGGUAUGGGAAUUAGAAAUGGGAAUGGAUUUUACUUUCCAGAUCCUUACCCUAACAGAGUAAAUUGGAGUGUCUUCUUCCCAACCCAUUACGAUCCUUUGAGUGAAUAACACUUUAGCAAUCAUGGUUGGCAAACAAGAAAAGAUGCUCCCAUGUUUACAGCAUUGGCAAUUAGAGCUUAAGCACUUCCCCGAGGUUGUGUGAGAUAGAUCGAGUAAUUUAAACGAUGCCAGAGUGUAAAUGGAGUGACAAAGUGUCAAGAAGAAGCUGACAAUAUUAUAUCGAUUUGUCCAAAAUGGGCUUUGGAAGGAUUGAAGGAGAAGAAGAAGCAACUUGAUAAGAUCGAAGCCAUCCAAACACUACAGUAUCGUUCUGUGUUGGAGGUGUCUCCCUAUAACAAAGGUAGAACAGUCAAAGACGUUUCGGACAAGACUUGGGCUGAUGGACACAGAGACAAUCUUAGACCCGAUACAAUGUGGGCAGAUGAAAGAUACACCAAUAUUACUCAAGCGGAGAUCAAUGAAGCCAAAAAGCGUGUUGCUGCUAGGGACAAGUCAAGUGGAAGAGUGAAGGAGACAGUUUAUCCAGUACAUCAUCCAGAUCUUUCAAGUUCUCAUCUGAGCGAAGAUAAACCUCUUUAUCCAUGAUUUAUUAAUAUAUGCAACGGAAAAUAUUACAUAAUAAAUAUAAUAAUAAUAAAAUAAA